AAGAAAAAGAACGAAAUCCGUUUUCCUUUUUUUCUUUCCAUUACUUUUUCAGGAGCUGUCUUCUCCAGGUUUCUCUUCUCUCCAAGCUUCGCACCGAUCCCUAAAACCCGUCACCUCUGCUUCCCUCAAACCUUCCCAGCCAGUGGCGCCAUUACUGCAAUCACACAGCUUCUGAUUCUCCUGUUCAUAAUUUCUGCUUCGGGUGGAUGAUGAAUUCUAACCCGCCCGCGUUGCUCGACGCGCCGACGCCGACUCUCGAGGUCUGAUUCUCUCUCUCUUUGAGGGGACCAAUCAUGUGGUUUUCCUUCUGGAGAUCCAGAGAUCGAUUCUCUUUGGACGAGCUCAGGUAUUUAACAGAUCAACUGCAGAAAGUGGGAACUGUAAAUGAGGCCAAUAAGGAUUUUGUUGUUGAGGCGUUGAGAUCAAUAGCCGAGUUGAUAACUUAUGGCGACCAACAUAACUCGAGCUUUUUUGAAUUUUUUAUGGAGAAGCAAGUCAUGGGGGAGUUCGUAAGAAUGCUGCAGAUUAGCAAAUCUAUGAUCAUUUCACUUCAGAUACUGCAGACAAUGAGCAUUAUGAUCCAGAACCUAAGAACAGAGCAUGCCAUAUACUAUAUGUUCAGUAAUGAAUAUAUUAACUUCUUAAUUACUUACAAGUUUGACUUCCGGAAUGAAGAGCUACUGUCUUAUUACAUGUCCUUUUUAAGAGCAAUAAGUGGAAAGCUCAAUAAGAAUACAAUUUCUCUCCUAGUCAAGACUCAGAAUGAGAACAUUGUUUCUUUUCCUCUAUAUGUUGAGGCCAUCCGGUAUGCUUUCCAUGAAGAGAGUAUGAUCCGCACUGCAGUACGAGCCUUGACACUUAACAUCUACCAUGUUGGAGAUGGUCCUGUGAAUAGAUUCGUGAGCAAAACCCCAUAUGAUGGUUACUUUUCAGAUUUAAUAUCAUUUUUCCGUAAGCAGUGCAUUGAUUUAAAUGGACUGGUGUCUGAAAAUCCACAAAAAACAGAGCCAGACAGAACGACGGCAAUUCUUGCUGCUGUUGAUGAAAUUGAGGACAACCUAUACUACUUUAGUGAUGUUAUAUCUGCUGGCAUUCCUGAUGUUGGGAGGUUGAUAACUGACAACAUUAUGCAACUUUUGAUACUUCCUUUGCUUCUUCCGUCUUUGCGGUUAGAUGCUGUUAAUGAAUCCCCUAUUGCUCCUGUUACUUCUCUGUAUCUGCUCUGCUGCAUCUUGCGCAUUGUCAAAAUGAAAGAUUUGGCAAAUGCCAUUGCUGCUGCUCUGUUUUGUCCGUUGGAGGCUUUUCUUCCGUUUGUAGAAGCUAAAGUCAAAGUUCAUGUGACUAAUGGAAACUGUCACGAGAGCCACCACCAGUUGGAAAACAAUAAUACCACAGUUGAUGAACAAGUAGGAGUAACUGCAGAGUUGUCAAAUUUUUCACAAGUUUAUCCUGAAGAUCUUACCAAGCAAGUCAGUAGCACUAUGUCGCUGCAUGGUCUCAGGGAUGUUCUGCUAUCUUAUGUUGUAAGCGGAAACAGCCAACAGGUUCUGGGUUCAUUGAAUAUGCUUGCCACAUUAUUACAAACAAAAGAGUUAGAUGAAGCAAUGCUUGAUGCUCUUGGCAUUCUACCCCAGCGAAAGCAACAUAAGAAACUCUUGUUGCAAGCAUUGGUUGGUGAAGGUUUAGGCGAAGAGCAACUCUUCUCAUCAGAGAGCUGCUCUACCAAAGAUGGGGCUAGCAAUGAGGUUGGUGGCUACCUGCAAAAGCUGAAGGAAGACUAUGGAGUAGUAUGUUCUUCCUCAGAGUUGGGGACAAGCUCUCGCACACAUAGAUUUCAGGUUUUGGAUGCAUUGGUGAGCCUUUUCUGCCGGCCAGGUAUUCUUGCCGAGAUACUAUGGGAUGGUGGUUGGCUUUUGCGUCAACUACUUCCUUACAGUGAGGCGGAAUUCAACAGUCAGCAUCUUAGAUUGCUUAGAGAUUCGUACACGGAUUGUUGUAAUGCUCUUGUGAGAGAGACUAGGGGUAUCUGGCCAGAUCUACUUGUAACAGUAUUGAGUGACGAAUGGAAAAAAUGCAAGAGAGCAAUUGAAGCUUCCUCUCCCAGGAAGGAGCCAAAGUGCAUUCUGUUGCCUCUCCAGAAAUCAUCUUCUGAUGAUGUUCGUAAUGAUUCCUCAGUCUCCUAUGGAGAAAAAAUGUGUGAACGAGUUAAGGUGUUUGUGCUUCUUCAUCAACUUCAAAUUUUCUGCCUCGGUAGGGCUUUGCCUGAGCAGCCUCCCAUUUAUCCUCCAGCCGAUACACCUGGAGCUUCUCGUGCUAGGACUGCUGGCAUUGCUGGUUCUCUUCCUAAACCUGGAACAGAGUUACUACUUGUUGAUACGGUGCCUUGUAGGAUCGCAUUUGAGAGGGGUAAAGAACGCCAUUUCUCCUUUCUAGCGGUAUCUUUUGGUACGUCUGGGUGGAUUCUCCUCUUGGAAGAGAUCCCUCAAAAGCAGCAGUAUGGAGUUGUCCGUGUCACAGCUCCUUUGGCGGGCUCGAGGGUACGCAUAAUCUCUGCAACUCCUUUCCUCCUUUCAUGCUAUAGAUUAAUGUUAUCAAAAUCCCAGUUUAGUUAUCUUAAUAUCUUAGGAUUGAAUGAUUCCAGAGGGAUAAGCUUUGUAUGAUGUUACUGAAAAAUUGUGGUCCUUAAGAUCUUACUAUUUGUGAAAAAAUCUUCUGAAGUUAAAAUUUUACUUUGCAAUAUAUUACUAUUUAUUACGAUUUUAGGCGUUCCAUGUAAGAAAUUUCCCUCUUACGCAUUACAACUCUGGAUAAUUACUAGCUAUUCCCUCCUUUUCAACUCUCCAGCCAAGAAUCGACGAGAAGCACUCCAAAUGGUUACACCUGCGAAUACGUCCAUCCACUUUACCCUUCGUCGAUUCCGGCAGACCAGCUGGCCUUGGGACUCCCCGAAAGGCAAAGCCGAAAGCUUUGGUCGACGGCAGAUGGACUCUAGCAUUCCGGGACGAAGAAUCGUGCAAGUACGCUCUGUCAAUGCUUCUCGAGGAGAUUAACUUGCAAAGCAAUGAGGUCGAGAGAAGACUAAGACCAAUGCUCAACCUCGACGAGCCACCACCAACAGAGACUUCUUUCGACCAUCCUUCGGUCUCUUCUUCAUCUACUGUCACAUCAACGAGUUCAUCAUAAAGCUCCAGAAUUGGUAUCACCAUUCUUACUGUAUAUCUUUGGCCGAUUUAAAGAAGCAGCAGAAAUACCCCGAGCACUUUAUUAGAUCAUAGAAACCCUUCAACCCCUGACUUAGAGAGCCAGCACAUUCUUUGUAUAUUAGCUCCUGUUUCGUAGCGCCAUAGUUUACAUGACGUUUUUUUCCUCCUUGUGUUUCGGGUUUCUGCUCUUCCUUUUCGUAACUCUAUGUAACAUUAGUGUAUAUUCCUAUGCAGUGUAAUAGUCGAAAAUAUUUGUAUGUUGAGAAGUAUAGUA